GUGUGUCUGGCAGGCUACAAUCACUAAUAUCUUGCAAAGGAAAUUCAAUAGAAUAUUCUCUUGCAAAACAGAGUUGUGCUAUAUCAUCUACUGCGCAUACACAAACUCAGAGUCACCUACACUGCUGUAUGGCGAAAAUUCCUUUCCAUUGACUCAGGUUAGGUUCUGUGUUUGUAAAACUGGGUGUGACUUAAGAAAAGGUUGAUCUGAACUUUAGCUCUGAGCAAGUAAAUGCGCCUGAAGUUUUAAAGCGAAAGAAAGCAGCCAAAACAUCAAGUAUUUUCCAAAGCGACCAGAGAAAUGUGAGGAAUCCUGUAUCAGGCACCUGAGCUGUGGAUAUUAAUCUGUGCCAUUUACAGAAAGGAAAAAGCUGGGGUGACAUAUUUAGUAAAGCUAUGAUUCAUACAGAACCUGUGUAAAAUAUUAUGGGAAGAUCAAAAUGUCUUCAAGCCCUGAACAGAUUUCCGAUAUUGUCCAGCUGCUAGCGGAUAUUAAUUUAGACACUUACCUUUCGAUCUUCCUAAAGUCUGGUUAUUAUACAGUUUCAGACUGUGAAAACGUAAAUCAUGAAACACUUCAAAAAAUGGGAAUAUCUCUUACUGGACACAGGAAGAGAAUCAUUGCAAAGCUACAAAGCAUUAAAGAGCAGAUGACAAAAGAAUAUGGGAACUCGGAAGCACUGAUGUCUGGUUCAGACUUACAAGACUCCUUUACACAUGACUCAAAGUUGUUAGACAGUAUUCUGCCAGUUAGUGAACAGGUUCAAGGUCCUUCUAUGGAGUACAAAACCAUUCCUGAUUCAUCUGUUUCAAAGGAAGUCGAUCAUAAUGCAACAAGUCAAUAUCAACAAACAGAAGACCCAAAUGACCAAAAUAAAAAAUCCUUGGAAAUAAAAGAUCACAGUGUAAAGCAUUUUUCUUUGGAUACUGAGACACAACUAGAUUCACAGAAUUCCAGUUUUUUUGCAUUUCAAGGGCCAAUGGUAGAAAAUGAUAUAUAUGACAAAAGUCAGGAUGAUGGACACAAAUCUCUACUGAAGAGUCCCCCAACAAAAUCAUUCAUUCUGAGAAAUAGGCCCGUGCCUAAGCUACCUUUUUCCGUGAGUAAUACAUUUCCCAAAUGCUGUUGCCAAGAAAGACAUUUAGAUAAUAAAGCUGCACAAGAAAGCUCAGCAUCCAAACCACAAAAUCAAGAAUCUGAAGAACAAAACAUAAAUCUAAUUUCUCCAUAUGAAGAAACCUUUUUCAGCAAUUCUGAAUUUACAAAGGAAACCUCGGGGGAUAAAUUAAAUUUUUCUCCAAAUAGUGAACACAAUGAAAAAUCUUUGGAAAGAAAUGCAAGCACAUCAUGUGGUUCUGUACCAGCUAACAAUGGGUCUUCACCUUCACUGGGGGAUCACAUAUCAGAAGAAUCUAUAUAUUCAACAAUGGAAGAAUAUACUCGUCUGUUAGGAGUAUAUAGAAGCACAUGCAUGCCACCUAAUUCAGCUGCCAGCUUGCACGAUGAAAAUGGCGCCAGCUCUGACGUGGAAGGGGCAGAAUGUGAAAUUUCACCCUACGCAUGCUUUUAUGGGCCAUCAAGCAUGCCAACGAAAACAGGGUGGCUAGAAAAACUGUCACCUCAUCGAAGUUGCAUGUUUCAGAAGAGAUGGGUAAAAGUUGACGGAAUGCAUCUUUCUUACUAUAGCAAUAACCGGGAUAUGUUUUCGAAGGGCAAAAUUUCUCUUUCUGCCAUAAUAACACUGAACAAAAUGGGAGAAAACAAAUUUGAAGUGGUCACUAUACAAAGGACGUUUGUGUUUCGUGCAGAGAAGGAAGAGGACAGAGAUGACUGGAUUGGCACACUGCAGAGUGAUUCAAAAUCUGAGCCUUAUGAGUUCCCAGGUCUCAGUAUGACUGAGAAAAAUGGAUACCUUGAGCUGAAAGGUUAUAAAAAUAAAAUCUUCACUGUGAUAAAUGGAAGCAAAUUAUGGUUCAGUAAAAACAAACAGGACGCAAGCACUGGCAUCACAAUCACUGACCUCACACUCACUAUGGCAUCCGUUAAAAAUAUAGACCGGAAAUCGUUUGAACUCAGUACUCCCUUCCGAAAUUUUAGCUUAACAGCAGAGUCUGAAAGAGAGAAACAAGAGUGGACUGAAGCAAUACAGCAAUCAAUAGCAGAAACUCUGGCUGAUUAUGAAGUAGCUGAAAAGAUCUGGUUCAAUGAAUAUAACCGACGUUGUGCAGAUUGCCGAGCUCCCAGCCCUGACUGGGCAUCUAUCAGCCUCGGUGUUGUCAUUUGCAAGAACUGCGCAGGUCAACAUCGAUCACUUGGGAGCAACAUUUCAAAAGUGCACAGCUUGAUCCUAGAUACUACCAUUUGGAGUAAUGAACUUGUUGAGCUUUUCAUUGUCGUGGGAAACGAGAAAGUAAAUAACAUCUGGGAAGCAAAUCUUUUGCCCGAGAACAUGCUGCAUAUGGAUUCCGACGUAAGCCAGAGAAGAUUAUUUAUUACACAGAAAUACAAGGAAGGGAGAUUUAAGAAAAUCUGCUUUCCAGGUUUCACUCAACAAGAAUUAAAUCAAGCCUUGUGUACUGCUGUCACUAAAUCAAACAUCCUGGAAACCAUGAAAUUGGUUUUUAAUGGCGCGGAUGCUAUGUGCCCAACAGAGGAUCCAGUCUACAACACACCUUACCUUUUAGCAAAGAUGUCCGGACAAUGUUUGCAAAUGGAGUUCUUGCAUCAUAACAGACUUUCUGAUUUUAAAACACCCGAUUCUUUCAAGGUGAACGGAGCCAACAUAAGUUUGUUUUAUUGUGGUUUUUUACACAAGGCUUCUUCAAGCACUUCUAAGAUGACAAUUAACAGGAAGUCUAAAGAAGUUCCAGAGAUGAAGCGAUGGUGGUGCACUAUCGAAAACAAUUUCUUGAAGUAUUACGAAAAUGAAACUGCUCCCGUGGCUGAUGGUGUGAUUGACUUAAGUGAAGUAUUGUGUCUGGUUGUUCAUCCAUCAGAUUGCUCCUCAAAUGGAAUGGCUGCUUUUACCUUUGAGAUCUACUUUCUGUCUGAACGUAUGUUCCUUUUUGGAGCUGAAAAUGUGGAGUCUCGCAGAGAAUGGACCAGGGCAAUAGCUAAGAACUUUGCACCUGCUGUAGAAGACUAUUUGCUGGAUUUAGAUUUCACCUUGCUUGGAUAUCUGUACUACAAAAAUUCCUAUAGCCUUAACCAAUGGAAAAAAGCUUGGUUUGCACUGGACAAGGCAUGUCUACACUACUGGAAUACAGAAGAUUGUGGAAAAGCAGACACCAUACAACUAAAGAAACUUCAGGAACUUACAGCAAACUCCUCCAUGCUGAAUGGCGAAAAGGGGAAUAUUCUUCUGCUGGUUGAAAAUGGAAGGACAUUCUAUAUCCAUGGACAUACAAUGCUGGAUUUCACGGUCUGGCAUUUGGCAAUUGAGAAAGCAGCAGGUACAGAUGGUAAUGCACUACAGGAUCAGCAGCUCAGCAAAAACAACAUUCCUAUUAUCGUGAACAGCUGCAUAGCAUUUGUUACGCAGUAUGGUUUGGGAAGCAAAUCUCUGUAUCUGAAGAAUGGAAACCCGUCGCCAGUGAGGGAGCUGCUCGAAGAAUUUAAAAGGGAUGCACGGAGCAUUAAACUAAAAGUCGGAAAGCAUCAGCUGGAAGAUGUGACUGAUGUACUGAAAUAUUUCUUCUAUGAAAUAGAUGAUGCACUUCUCACAAAAGAACUUUAUCCAUAUUGGAUCUCUGCCUUAGAUAUCCGGAAUGAUCAGGAGCGGGUGAGAAAAUACAAAAACAUAAUUGGCACACUUCCAGACCUAAAUAAAGCGACACUGGCAGCCUUAAUGGAACACCUUUUCAGAAUACAGAAAUGUUUUGACAUUAAUCAUCUGGAUACUCUGACUCUAGCCAAAGCCUUUUCUUCUUGCUUAUUUCAAACAAAUGGAGAAAAUGAACAGGAAGUAGCAGUUCUGGAAGAUCUAAUUUCCAAUUAUGUGAAUAUUUUUAAUGUUAGUGAAGAUCAGGUGCAACAAAUGGAAACAGAGAACCGGUUUAUCACCAAAUGGAAACAGACACAGAUUUGUCAUUCUGGUGACUUGCUGAUUGAAGUUUACGUAGAAAGAAAAGAUCCUGACAUGUGUGUUAUUAUUAGGGUACCACCUACCAUGGAAACAGCAGAGCUGACUAAUUGUGCUAUGGGAAUAAAAAACAUUACUCUUACCGAAGAAAUUCCUUGGGCAACAUUUGAAGUCAUUGAAAAUGGAGAACUUGAGCGCCUUAUGCACGAUGCGGAAAAAGUAUUGGAAACCGUCCUUUAUUGGAGUUCUCUAUCUGACCCUGGAGCGGCUCACCUCCUUGUAAAGCCACAAAACACAAGAGACAUCAUGAUUCCUGGUCUAAAGUCUUCACACUACAUGAUGUCUGGUUAUAUGAAAUUUAAAGAGGAUCCUUCAAAAUUACUUUCAGGGAAUAAAUUUCAAGAGCGAUAUUUUGUCUUGCAUGAAAGAAAACUUCUCUUAUACAAGGACAUAAAGAGUAUUAAGCAUGAGAAAGAAUUGCCUGUUAAAUCAUGCAAGGUAUAUGCUGGCGUCAAAAAGAAAAUGAAACCACCGACAAGGUGGGGAUUUACAAUUUAUUCUGAAAAGUCCCAAUGGCAUCUAUGUUGUGAUACCCAAGAAUCACAGAAAGAAUGGUUGGGAAGUCUUUUUAGUGCACAGCAUCCUGGUGCACACAUUCCAUCAUCUUCACAUGUACAGAUAAGAGGAACACACGUGAGGCAAGGGAAACAAAUGAAUAUGGAUUUAGGUUCAGAAGACAACACAGUGAAAAGAAUCCACGGAGCCUACACACCGGAACUCAGCCCUACCUUGAAAUUGAGAUCCUCCAUGUUGGCUGAGAUUUUUGAUUGCAAAGAAGAAUCAAAACUUACGAAUAAAAAGAAACACCACAGUUUAAUUAAUCUUGAUAAUGAAAACAAUUACAUUGUGGGUGGAAAAGAACAUUCAGCAGAACAGCUCACCAAACAGUUUCCUGCAUCAAAUGUAAAAUUGCCUCCAAAUCUAAUCAAGGAACUCAAUUCAGUGCUUCAGAAAAACAAGAGAGAUGUACAGGAAUAAAUUAUUCUGUAUAUUGUGCAAACCUAUUUUGACAUUCAGACUGUACCUGAAAAAAACUCCUGAAUCACAACCAACAUCAGAAACCAGAAAUGUUGGCAAGUCAGUUCACCAUUCCACGCCAUAUUGUUGGGUAAAUCAAAAAGAGCGUACAUGUGAAUUCCUUUAAUAUAAGUUCAUUCCAUAAGAUUCUUGAAAUAUUUUGACUCAUUAAUUCACUUACACUGAAUUGCCCAAAUUUCAUUGAUCAAUCUGGCAAAAGCAAUAUUGAUCAAUUGCACAUGAAAAACACUUUCAAAACGUGUCAUUGUUCAUAGCAUUUUAUGGGAUUCAAAAUCCCAGAUCAGUUUUUCUUUUGGCUGCAGUUGGAUAAUAAAGCCUGAAACUUAGACAAUAAUAUAUAUUGAUUUUGACUGAUAUUUUUCAUAAUUGAUCAGCCCUGCAAAUCAGCCAUCUGGAUGAAUUCCAUCAAAGGAUUUCCAGAUCAAAUUUGAACAUAUCUGCUCUACAGUAUAUUGGGUUUCCUUGUAUAUAACUAGUAGAAGUGUUACUAUAAUACAAAAGUUCCUAUCAUGGAAGGAGGAUACACUGAGAAUGAAACAACAAACAUAUGAUUUAAGCACCAUUAUUCGGAUCUCUACUAGUUUUCAAUAGCAUUUUAAAUGGUACAAAAACAAUUUUGUCAGGUUUUGCAUUCUGAAUUGGAUUGUGUAUGUCAUUUAGAUUACAAUGUAAUCGUAUAAAACGAAGCCAAAUGGAUAAGUGCAUCGAAUGUAAACCUUCUUUCUCUUUUAUGAACAUUGAUAAAAAUGUAAUAAACUUGAAUAAAAAAAAUACUACAUAAUAUUUACUGUAAUUUACUGUAAUGUUGGGGGCGUGGCUCGCCACUGAGAGAGAUGGCUGCUUAAGAGGAGAGCUCCGUGCAUUUGAAACCGAGUAAAGGCCCUGAGACAUCAUAAAGAUGGGGAAAACAGGCAAAAUCCAGGUGGAGAGGGGAAAGAACACCUGCCAGAAAGCAGACGCUGUCCCAGCAAGAGCUUGCACCGGUUUUUGUGCAGAAAAAAUCCUAGUGCUCGCUUUCCAAAAUAGCGCUGGCUGCUAGGAGAGGCACAUGUGCUGACAUAACCUGGGACACCUCAGACCAGGACAGUGAAGGUGAGCAAGAGCCAGAUAUCCAUAAUUACCUAGCAAACCUGCCAUCCCACACCCAAUUAAAGGAAAUGUUGCAGAAAAUGACGGCUUCAUUAAAAGAGGAGCUGCAAGAAAUAAAAAAUAAAAAAACGUGAUAAACAUUGCGUCACACACUGAGGCCAUUGAGACUAAUCAGAACAAAAUUUGUGCAAAAUUAAAAACUUCUCCACUCUCAGGUUAACACACAAGUCUGCAUGAUCACGGAGAUGCAAAGACAAAUGGAAGAUAUGGAGAACAGAAACAGAUGUAAUAAUAUCAGAGAGGUCUCCCUGAAUCCAUAUCCACUGAAUAUCCACCCACAGAUGUCUGGCAUGGCCUACCAGGAACCUAGGGUUACAAAGUCAACCCCUACCUUAUUUCCUACCUACCCCUCCCCCUGUUGGACAAGGGUUACAACAGGUAAGACAUAUUCUGAAUGCAAUGUACUGUUAUGGGUAAAUGGUAUUAGUGAUGGAGCAAGAAUAGAUUUCAUAGGACAUGGAGUUUAACGUCAUAAGGUACAAAGUUAAUGGCAUUAUUAAUCCUGUGAAAAGGGUGCAAAUAGUGGGUGAAUGUAAGAGGCUGGGCGCAAAGAUUGUAAUGUUGCAGGAAACCCAUUUUAAGAGUGGGAAAGUACCCCAACUAAAGUUUAAACACUAUUUCACUGCAGCCACUAGCAAUAACCCAGAGAGGAAAAGUACAGGAGUUAUGACUUUAAUACAUAAAGAUUUGCCACUGGUGAAGACUUUUGCUAGACCCAAACCACUUCAACCUUGACAUACUGCUCAUACAAAAGCGCUCCAA